AUGGCGUGCUUGCGCAGGCGGUAUGUCUGCGAGCGGUCGGGCAAGGAGCUGCUGGAGCAGAAGGGAGUGAGGAACAUAUUGUGGCUCUUCUACCUGCUGGACAGGAUCGACGAGCAGAUCGAGAUCGUGCUGCUCAUGGAAGAGGAGGAACGGAAGCGACUCAAGAAGCUCGAGGAGGAGAAGAGGGAGAAGUACAAGAACGGCGUCAACACCAAAAAGAAGAAGAAGAAGAAGACGAAGAAGCCCAGCAAGGAAGAGGAUCGACCAAACGGCAAGGCCAACAAGAAGACAAAGAAGAAGAGCAAGAACGACGAGACCGACAGCAGCGACAGCAGCGAUACCGACAGCGGAAGUUGUAGCGACGGCGGUCUCACCAAGAAGGCCAAGAAAAGGCCAAAGAAGUCGAAGAAGACGAAGAAGUCGACGAAGGACAAGAAGUCCGCCAUCGAGUUCGACAUGUUCCUUCGAAGCGGCACGAGGAUAGAGUUCCUCAAGGCCACGGUCAUGCUGCUGCGGACCUACUUCAAGCAAAACGGACUCCUUCAGAAGCGCAAACUCGUGCCCAUGGCGGAGUACACCCGUUUGCUCGGUAAGGGCUUCGAUCGUCACCCUCUCACUGUCCGUAUCCUCGACAAGCAGCUGCUGGAAACGCACUCUGUGCUGGCUCAGGUGAUCAGCGGUGAACUUCCCAUGAACGAGAACUUCGAUAUUAUCGAGCUCAGCUUGCGAAGAUACUACUCCGACUUCACGCUCAUGUUUUCGCCUCAUGGAGGGGCGAACACCACGUACUCCCAUCCCUCGCGAAUAAUCACCGACGACAAGGCGCGCAAGGUGUGGGAGGAGAGCGUGGGCAAGGAUGUCUACUUCUGCAACUUCAAGUCUUUCUACAAGCAUGUGCUCCGAGAAGAGACCGAUCUCGCCGACAAAGACUUCAAGCGCUACAUGAAGUAUUUUCUCAACUUCCCCAAAGACGACACAGUGUCUGUCGCCAAGUGGAAUACGCUGACGCGGCUGUUUGGACCGUAUCGCAACUUUUACCGAACUCUGCACCGCUACGUCAUCGGCACGGGCUUCCUGGGUCUCAUCAACCGAAUCCGCGCGGAGGAAAUUUUGAAGAACUACCCCAACCAUGUGCUCAUCCGCUUCAGUCGAACCGCGCCGCUCCUUCUCGCCUUCAGCGAGAACAAGGACGGUGUGAUCACGCACAGCACCAACGGACCCAGCGCGCGCAAGCUGCUCAAGCUUCCCGAGACCAAGGACAACGUCCCUAUCGAUGUCUACCUGCAGAAGGUGUUCCCUCGCUCCUCGCUCAUACCCAUGAAGGUCGACGGAAGGCUGGUGGCGCGAAAGGACACCUACACGGACUACGUGAGCACGUCGUCGGGCUACCUCUGCGCGGGCGAGUUCCUGUGGGAGAAUGACUGA